AUGAGAAAGAGACUGUCGCCGGAGCGUUUGACAGAUGCCGCCCCGGGCAGGUGCGACAGGUUGAUUCAGGGAGUCAGCAGAACGAAGCUGCCUGUCAUCAAACACUUCACGGAAAGGUCCUACUCUUCGGUCUCCCCCAUCUAUCUGUGCAUUCCCAGACAGCUUCGCAGUUCAAACUCGCGCACUGCGGUAUUGUCACACACCAUGCUGGUUGCCAUGGUGAAAUAG